GAUUUACAUUCUUGAAUAAUUUUUAAACAUUAAAAUGUUUUAAUUUAUUCUUAAAAUAAAUUUAAAUAUAUCAAGAUAAUAUACAUGAAUAUUUCAAAUUCAACGAUUCCAUAUUAUGAAACUGUUGAAACGAAUAUUGAUCCAAUAUGGUUAUGUACAUUAAUUCUACUUGGUUCUGUUUCAUUAUUAGGCACCAUUGGAAAUUUACUUGUAUUAGGUGUUUAUAUACAACAACAUUUUUGGCCACAUUUACAUUUAAAAUAUAGACAAAUUUAUUAUAAUCAAAAAUUAAGUAUGUUAAAUACAAAUGAACUAUAUACAACAACAACAACAACAUCAUCAUCGUAUCUUCAUGAUAUGAAUAAUGAUAAUUUGAAUCAUAUCAUACAAAUUCAUGAAUCAAAUGAACAAUUAUUUACUAAAACCACUGGUACACCAACAUUUUUUAUACUUGUAUUAGCAUGUGUUGAUUUAAUGGUAUGUUGUUUUGUUGUACCAUUAACAUUCUAUAUGGAAUAUAUACAUUUACAACCAUCAACAGAUAUAUGGUGUAAAACACAUGCAUUUUUAAAUAUAUGUAAUAUAAUGUUUAGUUCAUUAUUAAUUAUAGCAAUUGCAUUAGAAAGAUAUCUUACUAUAUGUCAUCCAUUACGUCGUAUAUUAACAAUGAAACGUGCUAAAUAUUUAACAUUAGGUUUAGCUAUAUUUUGUAUUAUAUAUGGUAUACUUGGUGCAUUACAUCAUAGUUUAGGGAUAACAAAUGAUGAACCAAAUAUAAAACAAUGUUGUGAUACACCAGAAAUACCAAAUGCUACUUAUAUAGAAAAAUUAACAUAUGAUAUAUUACAAAAAGGUAAUACAGCUAGUUUUAUAUUAUCAAUUCUAUCCGUUAUUAUAUUAUAUUCAUUAAUUUUACGCGUUGUCAUUAAAACACAUCGUGCUCAACGUUAUACACCAGUGAUUAAUCAUAAUACUAUACCAUAUAAUACUAUCAUAAUACAUAAUACAAAAAUGUUAAAUAGAAAUCAAAGAAGUGCUAUUUCAUCAAAUGAUUUAAACAAUACUACUACUACUACUACUACUACUACUACUACUAGUGACAUUGAACAUUUAACCAAUGAUCCUCAUCAACAUCAACAUCAUCGUAAAAGUUUAACAAAUAGAAUCAAAAUGAAUUUAUCCAUAAAAAAUAUAACAGAAAGUACAUUAUGGAGAGAGAUACGUUCAGCUAGUGUAUUAUUUGUUGUAGCUGUUGUUUAUAUUAUUGUAUUUACACCAGCAUUAUUAACAGCUAAUAAAUUAGUACAAUUUAAUUUACUUGCAUAUAAUACAUACUACUUAAAUAAUAUGUCAAAUCCAUUAAUUUAUUGUUUUAUGAGUAAUGCAUUUAGAAAAAAAUUAAAAAUUUUAUUAUUUAAUAGUAUUAUAUCAUAUAAAUGUUGUUAUAUUAAACAUAAUAAUAAUAAUAAUAAUAAAUUAUUUCAUCAUUCAUAUCAUCUUCAACAUCCUCAACGACAACAACAUCCUAGACAACAACGUCGUAAACAACAUUUAAGAGCAAGAGAAUUAAUCAAUAAUAUUAGUAAUAAUAAUAAUAAUAAUGAUAUGAAUAAUAAUAUAGACAAUCCUAUGGAUAAAUAAAGAUAUUUUACUUCAUCCAUUCACUGAUGAUGAACAUCAUCUUCAACACCAACAACUUCAUCACCGUCAUCCUCAAUGACAACAACAUCAACG